AUGCUGCUCAGUCCCAAGUCCGAAGCCUCAGAAUUCAUUGAAUUUAUCUUCCACAGCAUCAUAACCACGUCAGGGCUGGUGGAAGUACCCAACCUGAGCCACGUCCAUGACACCAAGAAGGGCAACUCUUCCAUCCCUUACCUGCAGGCUAUAGACUUGGAAGGCAAUCACAUCAAGCGACUGACGCCCCACGCGUUGCGUGUCUCCGCCGAUCAAGUAUCACUGAAUCUAAACCUGAUUGAAGAAGUACCCGCAUUUGCAUUCAAAAACGCACAGAUAUCAAGACUGAGUUUCCGAGGAAACACGAAACUGAAGCAUUUGGACGAAAACGCAUUUGCUGGAAAUCUUUUACUGAGACAACUGGAUUUGAGCAGCACGAUAAUAGACUCCCUGCCGACCAAAGGCCUGGAGAACCUACAAGUGCUCAAAAUAGAGAGGACCCCGUCACUCAAGUACAUCCCAUCUAUUUACGAAUUUCGGCAACUACAAGAAGCCCGGCUAACCCAUCACUUCCACUGCUGCGCCUUUGCGUUCCCCGAGAGGCACAACCCGGCCAGACACAAGCUCUUCGAAAUGCAACUGGCACUUGUAAAAGAGAAAUGCGGGAACAUUGAUCAGAAGACAGAAUCACGGAGAAGAAGAUCCCUGAGAGACAGGCGAAUAAGAAAACUAACGGAGGAUUUAGAGGCUGAAGACGACACUCCUACCACCAGCGAGGAGACCGGCUUCGACAGCAACGACUAUUACUUCGACGAACCGUCUAGCUCAGAGAACAGCGACCAGUUCCACGCCCCGAUAGAUAGCAACGUCUCUUCGCAGAAGGUGGCUUACAAUUGCGCCGGCUUCAUGACUGGGAAACCAAAGGUCGUGUGCACUCCGCAACCAGACGCGCUAAACCCUUGCGAAGAUGUCAUGGGUUGGUCGUGGCUGCGAGCCAGCGUCUGGUUCGUGAUCGCAGCAGCUGUCGUCGGCAACAUCGCUGUGCUGACUGUCCUUCUCACAAACCAGUCGGAACUCACCGUCCCAAGGUUCCUCAUGUGCCAUCUCGCUUUCUCCGACCUUUGCACCGGCAUCUACCUCUUUAUGCUUGCCGUCGUAGACCUCAGAUCUUACGGAGAGUUCUUUAACUAUGCCUACGAUUGGCAGUACGGCGUCGGAUGCAAGAUUGCUGGCUUCCUCUCCGUAUUCUCUGGACAGCUAUCAGUAUUCACACUCAGCGUUGUAACUCUUGAACGAUGGUUCGCGAUUACAUACGCCAUAUAUCUGGAGAGGCGAAUCUCUUUGUUGGCAGCCGCGAAGAUUAUGAUCGGGGGGUGGCUGUUCUCGUUUCUGAUGGCUGGACUGCCUCUUGCUGGAGUCUCAGAUUACUCUUCGACUUCUAUCUGCCUACCGGUUGAGAGUCAGAACGUGGGAGAUGGAGUUUACCAGGGAUCACUGUUUCUUACGAAUGCUGUGGCGUGGUUUACGAUUGUGGUCUGCUACGUACAGAUAUACAGGUCAUUGGGAGGAGGGGGGGAGAAGUAUGGAGGAAGAGGGGCAGCAGCAGCGGCCGAGAGACGAAUCGCGAAUAAGAUGGCGUUGUUGAUAGGAACCAACCUGCUGUGCUGGGCGCCAGUGGCCUUUUUUGGCGUCACAGCACUCGCUGGAGUGCCGUUAGUAGAUGUAAGUCACGGGAAAGUGUUACUAGUGUUUUUUUAUCCUUUGAACGCGUGCGCGAAUCCGUUCCUGUACGCGAUAUUAACGAAACAGUACCGGAGGGACUUUAUAAUGCUCAUAGCUAGGACUGGUCAUUGCAACUGGCUGGUAGAGAAGUACAAAUUGGCCACGACGCCGCCCCCGACGGCCCACACGAAUCCGUCUAACCCAGCGCCUCUUCUACCUCUAGUAGACUACCAGAGAAGUCAAUCACAAAUUAGUAAAGGAAAUGGUGAUGCUAUGUUUUAAGUGUUAGUUUUAAGAAUGAUGAAUGAAUACUGGUAUUAUUAUAAGACUAUUUAUUUA